AUGGCACUGGCCGCGCUGCCGGCGAGAGUCGCUCUCUCGGCGUACACGAGGUUCCUGUCCUUUGCCCAGUAUAGACACAGAUGUGUCGACGCCAUCGCAACACACCGCUGCUGGAAAACAGAUGCCAGAGUAGCAGGUGACUACCCGAAGGUCAAGAGGCGGGAAGGUAAAAAGCAGAGUUCCGAUGCGAAGGCCGAAACAGCCCCGAGGCGGCGGAGCGUCGCUGUACCUCCUAAGCCCCCGAAACACAUAUCGCAGCCAAAAACGGCAGCAAUCGCAUAUGAAACCUAUUGGGAGGAAAGCAGCAUUCAGGAAUUAGAAGCAAAGCAUCCAGAGUUGGUAGUUAGGGGCACUGUUGUUAUCCCGGCCUUUGCCACCAAUGAGGCCAAGGUUGCAAGACACGCGACAAGAACCGACAACGCGGGCGGUUCAGAUCUAAAUUCAGAUCCACCUUCUACAGAAAAUGAUUCCGCAGUGAGCGGCAGUGCGAAGAGGCAGCGCAUUGAUCGCUCGCCGUUAUGUGACGAAGAUGGUGGGCAUGCAGCCGUUACAGAGUCGCAAGACAGCUCGCCUUCCGUCACUCGUGAAGGUACCGCUGCAGAGGCUGGCUCCGAUGAUACUGGAACUUCGCAGACGGCGGACACCGCCGAUGUGCGCAUUUUCGGAUUCAUUGCGCGAAACAGGGCGUUUCACGGUGAUGAGGUGGUGGCUGUGCGUCAAAGGCGUCUCAGGCAACAACCAGCCACCCAUGACGAUACUCAGCUUAUGGAACAACAGUGCAGAGUUGUGAGGAUAGUUAAGAGGUCUCCGGCUUUGGAAAGUUUCGUAGGGGUGAUGGACGCGAAUGCAUGUCUCAAUGCAACCGACGCGACGUUCAAGUGCCAGCCACAGGACACACGUUGGCCAGCAUUUAACGUCCGGAGGGACCAAAUGGACUCGGAAAUGUUGGAACAGGUGCAACAGCUGCGUGAAAAGGGCAAGAUUUUCUGCCUGAUGCAGUUCAACGAGUGGCACGAGCACGAUAUGGAACCAAGCGGCAGGGUGGUGAGGAUUAUCGGAAGCACCGCUGACCCCUCAGCAAGGAUGCAUGCGACUAUGAUAUUCCAUGGCCUAAAUCCGAGCGGCUUUUCCGACGAAGUUCUCGACAAUUUAAAAGAACUGAUCAAAAGCGGCGAGGGGAUGAAGGAGGCAAAUCGAGUUGAUAAACGUGACAUAACAGUCUUCACAAUCGACCCGCAAGAUGCCAAGGAUCUUGACGACGCACUAUCUGUUGAAACCGUGAGGGAUGAAAAGGGCAACUACAGGUACAAAGUUGGUGUACACAUCGCUGAUGUCAGUCACUAUGUGAAGGAAGGCUCGGCCGUCGACAUGGAUGCCAGGCAAAGGGCCACAUCAGUGUACCUGGAACACAAGGUGUUCCCUAUGCUACCGCAAAUGCUGAGCGAGAACAUGUGCUCGCUGCUGCCUCACAGCGAAAAGCUGUGCUUCUCCGUGUUUGCAGAACUUUCCGAGGACCCCAGUGACGGCGAAAUGGUAGGGAACAAUCUAUAUAUUCGCAACCAGGAAUUCAUUUUGACCCGAAUCAUCAGCUGUGAACGAUUGAGCUACCAAACUGCUAAAGAGAUAAUAGACAGUGAGAUGCGAAAUAGGGCUGGCGCCACCGAUGCAAAUCUGGCGUCGAUGCCUAUCGCUCAGUUCGAAAAGCGGUAUAUCGAAGAUAAACUGGUCAAUGAUACAUCAGUGGUGAGUGCUGAUGCGGCCAUUACCGAUGACCCAGCAAAAGGCAACUGCCAUGGGGAAAGCAGCCAGGAGGUUCCGGAAGCAUCUGCCACCCCAAACAGCCUCAUGAACAUCAACAGGCAUGUGUUCAAACCGUUGAUGACGCUUUACUUCAUAUCGAGGAAGCUCAGGCAUUUCAGGCUCAAGCAGCGGGGGGCGGUAAUGGUGGACACCAAUGGCAGUUGCAAGUGCCACAUACCCAGGGUGGGAGAAAAGACGGAGAGGCUGUGGGUGGAGCAGAUACCAAGAGAAAGCCACGAGUUGGUAGAGGAGAUGAUGCUGCUGGCCAACACGCAGGCGGCACAAUUGCUGGCCAAAAGUUUUGACAACUACUUUCUCAGGGUGCACGAGAACACCUCAAGGGCCAUAAAACAACUGGUGGUGUCAGUUAUGCCCCAGGAUCUUAAAAGCGUGCUCAACCCGGAGAUAUUGCCCAUACCAGAGCUGCUGAGGAAGUGCGCGAAGCACAUGGAACCCACGGCCUUCCAAUCGCUGAGCUUUGCUGCGUUGCAGCAAUUCAAAGAAGCCGUAUACUCCCCAGUCAACAAAGACUGCACAACUGCGCAGGGCGUAACCGGGCACUGGGGGCUUGCUUUACCGAUGUAUCUCCACUUCACCUCCCCAAUCAGGCGGUAUUCAGACCUUUACACCCACCGAAUGCUGAAAACCGUGAUUGACGGAACGUACACCGAACAAUCGCUGAAGGUCCUCGACGACAUAUGCAAGCAAUGCAACCUGCAGAAGCGGAAGGCAUUCGACGUUCAAAAGGAGUACAAGAAUUUUGCUUUCAACCAAUAUCUGCAGUGGGCGUGCACAAGCGAGGGUUCCGCACCGCCGUACGCUGCUGGUGACUCCAUGUUUGCGAAGGCAUUCCCGCCAGACGGCAACGAUAUCUGGGGCAUGCUGUACGAUCACGCGUGCGUGUUCUCCAUUGUGAUAAACGGUGCAACGACUGAAGACGCGAAGAACAAAACGAGCAUUAUCUUCUACAUACCCCUGCUGAACGAGCAGCGAAGCGUGAGCUGUGACUCACUCAGCGUUACGCCUCUAGAAGCGGUUGUUUGCGGCGAGACUGUGAGUCUAGAAGGUACCCAGAACACAGGUGACUCGGAGAGCAUGGUGGACGGCUACUUCAAGGAGGUGCAGAAUGCGGGAACGAAGCGAAAGGCGGAUGAUGCACGGGUGGAAAGCUUGACGGUGCUAAAGGGCGGCUCCAAAGUGAGAAUGGCACAGUACGACAAGGUCCAAGUGGUGCUAGUUCCCGGAUCCGCAAUGUGGACUGUCCGCUUGUCACGUGACGAACCAUGCGGUGAGUAG